CUGUUUGUUGUGCCCGGAAUGUUUUGCUCCCGUCCUCAACCUUGUUGCAUUUCCUUAUAUAUCUUCCCCAACUUACAUAUAUACUCGAAUUUGUAAGAGUGUAUGCACUCAAGGUGAGGUUUGACAGCCCUUCCUCAUCCGUUCAGUACCGGCCUUUCCAGUCAAUGCCUACUUCAGACUGGUGAAUGCAUCUGCACGAUAUGGCACAACGCGAUAACCAGCAGACGGCAGUGUCUGCACGGUUCGAAGACGACCAUCGGUCGCUCUCCACCAGAAGUGGUAUAGGCUCUGAUGGUCCAUUUUUUGAGCCCAUCCGAACCAGAAAGACACGAGAUGAAGCCGACUACCAGUUCGACAACGGUGAUGUGGCCAAGCGUGGCGAAUUGGCAAGAUUGGCUACGCUGCUGUCUGGUGGUCAAGCCACUCGUACGCACAGCACUGCUGGCCUCUCGAAACAAGACACGGUCACAGGCAUGACCCUCGAGUCCCCAGAGUUCGAUCCGUCCCAUCCCGCUUUCAACUUCUUUCUCUGGAUGCGAAAAUUCACGCAACUGCUUGAACAGCAAGGACACAGGCUGCAACGAAGCGGUUUCACCUUCAGAGACCUCAAUGUCUCGGGCAAAGGCGCAGCCCUCGUGCUCCAGGACACUGUUGGCUCCAUGUUCAUGCAGCCCUUCCGUUUCCGAGAAGCGUUUGGUCACCCGCAAGAGAAGCAGAUUUUGCGCAACUUCAAUGGUCACGUCAACAGUGGAGAGCUUCUUAUCGUGCUGGGUAGACCCGGUAGUGGGUGUUCCACCUUCUUGAAGACCAUCUGCGGCGAACUUCAGGGCCUGCAGCUCUCCGAGAAGUCUGUUGUCUCCUACAAUGGUAUACCACAAGACGUGUUCCUAAAGGAGUUCCGCGGCGAGGCCGUCUACAACCAGGAGAACGAAAGACAUUUCCCUCACUUGACCGUGGGUGAAACACUCGAGUUCGCUGCCGCCUGCCGGACUCCUUCCAACAGAAUGUUUGACCUACCCCGAGCUAGCUGGGUCAAGCACAUGUCGGCCGUCAUGAUGAACAUCUUCGGUCUUUCCCAUACUAAGAACACAAAGGUCGGCGAUGACUUUGUUCGCGGGGUCAGUGGUGGCGAGCGCAAACGUGUAAGCAUUGCAGAGAUGGCAUUGGCAGGGCCUCAAAUCGCCGCAUGGGACAACUCAACUCGAGGGCUUGACUCCCAAACUGCACUCGAAUUCGUCCGGUCAUUGAGGAUUGCCGGAGAUGUUGGUGGUCUUACCUCACUGAUUGCCAUCUAUCAAGCCUCGCAAGCAAUCUAUGACCUUUGUGACAAAGUCAUCGUGCUGUAUGAAGGCCGACAGAUCUAUUUUGGUCCCACAGACGAAGCACGAGCUUACUUUGAGGACAUGGGCUGGUAUUGCCCGGCCAGGCAGACAACAGGAGACUUCUUGACGUCAGUCACCAAUCCUCGAGAAAGAAAGGCCCAGGAUGGUCUCGCAAACAAAGUACCUCGGACAGUUGAAGAGUUCGAAAAGUACUGGCUCGAAAGUCCGAACUACAAAGAAUGUCAGGUUGAAUCUGAACACGCUGUUGAGGUCAACGCCGAUGGCAAAGAAGCACUAUCGGGCCUGAGAGAGACCCACAAGCGCAUGCAAGCCCAGCACACCCGGCCCCAAUCACCUUACAUGGUUAGUAUAUUCAUGCAAAUCCGCCUUUGUACAAGACGAGCCUACCAAAGGAUCUGGAAUGACAAGGCGUCAACACUUGCCGUCAUUUUCAGUGAAAUCGCUCAGGCCCUCAUCAUUGGGUCUGUCUUCUAUGGCACGCCGUUGUCGACAGGGUCAUUCUUUGCCAAGGGAUCAGUCUUGUUCUUCGCGGUGCUGCUCAGCGCUCUUCAGUCUAUCGUCGAGAUCAACACUUUAUAUGCCCAGCGGCCGAUUGUCACCAAGCACAAGUCAUAUGCCUUCUACCAUCCUUUUACCGACGCGGUAGCUGGAAUUGUGGCCGACCUGCCCAUCAAGUUCUGCAUCGCAACGGUCUUCAACAUCAUCUUAUAUUUUCUGGCGGGCCUGAGGACGGAACCAUCACAGUUCUUCAUUUUCUUCCUAUUCAAUUUCAUGUCCAUGUUGACCAUGUCUGCGAUCUUCAGGACCACGGCCGCUAUGACCAAGACAAUCAGUGCGGCUUUAGCCAUCGCAGGUAUCAUGGUGCUGUGGAUUGUGAUCUACACUGGAUUUACUCUGCAACGCUCUUACAUGCAUCCAUGGUUCAAAUGGACCAGUUGGAUCAACCCGGUUGCUUAUGCCUUCGAAGCCCUCCUAGUCAACGAAGUACACGGACGACAAUUCCCAUGCGCAACGACUAGCUUGGUGCCUCCCUAUGGAACUGGCAACCACUUCCAGUGCGCUGUUGCAGGUGCUGUAGCUGGCCACAUCGAGGUUUCCGGCGAUGCGUGGGUGCAGUCCUCGUAUGGAUAUUCCUAUAGCCACAUUUGGCGAAACCUCGGCUUUCUCUUCGCGUUUAUGAUCUUCUUCUACACCAUGUACUUCAUUGCAAGCGAGUUGAACUCGGAUUCGACAUCGGCAGCGGAAUUUUUGGUUUUCCGACGAGGUCAUGUCCCGUCAUACAUGCAACAUGGCGUUCGCAGAGAUGAAGAAAUGGUAGCUGGUUCCGACGAAAAGCCAUCGACCUCGAACGACGUGGUUGUCGGUGAGAACCAGCAGGAACAGGUCAAGGCUCUCCCGGCACAGAGGGAUGUCUUCACCUGGCGCGAUGUCACCCUCGACAUCAAAAUCAAAGGCGAGCCUCGACGACUGCUUGACGGCAUAUCUGGUUGGGUCAAGCCUGGGACUCUUACAGCCUUGAUGGGAACAUCCGGUGCCGGCAAGACUACCCUGCUGGACGCAUUGGCACAAAGGGUCAGCAUUGGUGUUUUGACUGGCGAUAUGCUCGUGAACGGCAAACCACUCGAUGCCUCGUUUCAACGUAAAACGGGCUACGUCCAGCAACAGGAUCUGCAUCUCGAAACCACAACUGUCCGCGAAGCAUUGCGGUUUUCAGCGAACUUGAGACAGCCAAAAUCCGUCUCAAAGCAGGAGAAGGACGCAUUCGUCGAAGACGUAAUCAAGAUGCUCAACAUGGAGGACUUCAGCGAAGCCGUCGUCGGCAAUCCCGGUGAAGGUCUGAACGUGGAACAGCGCAAACUUCUUACCAUUGGCGUCGAACUCGCUGCGAAGCCGGCCCUACUCAUCUUCCUGGACGAGCCCACCUCGGGUCUGGACAGCCAGAGCUCCUGGUCAAUCGUGGCAUUCCUGCGUAAGCUCGCCGAUUCCGGACAGGCGGUACUCUGCACUAUUCAUCAGCCAUCGGCGAUUCUAUUUCAGGAGUUUGACCGGCUCUUAUUCCUCAUGAAGGGCGGCAAGACCAUUUAUUUUGGUGACAUUGGGCCCAACUCAAGGACUAUGCUCGAUUACUUUGAAGGUAACGGUGCUCCACAAUGCGAAGACGAUGCGAAUCCGGCGGAAUACAUGCUUGAUAUAUGCGGCAAUAAAGCUACCCGGGACUGGAGCGAGGUGUGGAAGGCGACACCAGAAGCCCGAGAAGUUCAAGCCGAGCUCGACCGGAUCCAUGAAGCGAAGAGGUCGGAGCCCCUCGUUGAACAAGGGGCCCCUACACAGUUUGCCAUGCCGCUGACCUCACAGGUAUACUAUGUUACCGUCCGCGUGUUUCAGCAGUACUGGAGGACGCCGUCAUAUAUCAGCGGCAAGUUCUUGCUCGGUAUCAUGAGUGCCCUAUUCAUAGGCUUUUCCUUCUACAAACAAAACAGCACGAUGGCCGGAUUACAGAACACCAUUUUCGGCAUUUUCAUGCUCGUCACGAUAUUCUCGACAUUCGUCCAGCAAAUCAUGCCACGCUUCGUCAUCCAGCGAUCUCUCUACGAAGUCAGGGAACGACCGUCCAAGGCGUACUCCUGGAUUGCGUUUCUUGUAGCCAACAUAGUCGUCGAGAUGCCCUAUCAGAUCGUUCUAGCGGUACUCAUGUGGAUAUCCUGGUACUUUGCGCUGUUCGGCAAGGACCAGAGCGGCGAGGCCAGAGGUCUCAUCUUGUUGUUCGUCGUCCAGUUCAUGCUGUUCACCAGCACGUUCGCGCAUAUGAUCAUUGCGGCGUUGCCGGAUGCGGAGACGGCGGGCAAUAUCGCGACGCUCUUGUUCAGCAUGAUGCUCACUUUCGAUGGCGUGCUACAGGCGCCGAGUGCAUUGCCUGGUUUUUGGAUCUUUAUGUAUCGUGCAUCGCCAAUGACUUAUAUGGUCUCAGGCUGGGCCAGCACAGGCCUCCAUGGUCGUCACGUCGAGUGCGCGCAAAAUGAAAAGGCCAUCUUCGAUCCGCCGUCCGGCCAGACUUGCGCCCAAUAUCUCGCAGAGUACCUUCGUGCCGGCGCGCCAGGACAGCUGCUCAACCCGAGCGCCACUACGAGUUGCGAGUAUUGCCCGCUCACAUCGGCGGACCAGUUUCUCGCUUCCAGCGACAUCUACUACAGCCAGCGCUGGCGGAACUUUGGGAUCGGGUUCAUUUACAUCUUCUUCAACAUCUUUGGGUGCAUCAUGCUUUAUUACCUCUUCCGAGUGCGACGACUUAGUCUCGCCAGUCUCGCCAAAGGGCCGGCUCGUUUCGCGGACAUUGUUUUCAUACAAGGGUUCAGAAGGUUGUUUGCGAGACAUGUCGAGCCGACGCCUUUGGGGAAAGAGGCAACGGUGCAUAAAGCUUUUUAG